AUGUAUGACCAAAUUACUUGCUGCACGUCUAAAUCAAAUAGUCAACAGUGCACGUCUAAAUCAAAUAGUCAACAUCAACAAUGCACGUCCAAAUCAAAUAGUCAACAGUGCACGUCCAAAUCAGAUAGUCAACAAUAG